CUCCGUCUAUCAGCCAGCGCUGUUUCCUUCUCUCGGACGCGCUUGAGGUAUCUGCAGCCGUUGCCUCCAGCCAACAGCUCCUAUGGCCGGACGCGGCGGCUAUCCCCUGACUCCGCCGCCCCCGGAGGGACCAUCGGCGGCUGUCUCGGUGGCAGCGGGCGUCCCUUCGCCUGUUGUCCCAGCACCGGGAAGCGGGCUUUUGCGAGGACCCAGUCCUGCUGGGUCUGGUUCGUAUCGGGCCAUGGGCCAUGGACCUCAAUUCCAACGCCCUGCAAUGCUACCUGGUGGAAGGUUGCCUAUGGCAGGAUUACAAGUGGGAUCCCCUUCAGGCCCUCCAUAUGGUACAGCUUCUUCAAUGAGACCUGGAAUGCCACCAUCCCUGAUGGAUCCCUUCCGAAAGCGUCUUCUUGUUCCUCAGGCACAGCCACCUUCAGCACUUACACAAAGGCGAGGAUUGAAAAGGCGGAAGAUGGCUGACAAAAUCCUGCCACAGAGGAUUCGUGAAUUAGUUCCUGAGUCUCAGGCCUACAUGGAUUUACUGGCCUUUGAACGCAAGCUGGACCAGACAAUUGCCCGCAAAAGAAUGGAAAUCCAAGAGGCAAUCAAGAAACCUUUGACGCAAAAGCGGAAGCUGCGUAUUUACAUCUCUAAUACAUUUACUCCUGGCAAAGAGGAGUCUGAGGGUGGUGAGCGUAUAGCCUCGUGGGAACUUCGUGUGGAAGGCAAACUUCUUGAUGAUCCAAGUAAACAGAAGAGAAAAUUCUCAUCCUUUUUCAAGAGCUUGGUUAUUGAACUAGACAAAGAAUUAUAUGGACCAGACAAUCACCUGGUGGAGUGGCACCGGAUGCCAACAACCCAAGAGACAGAUGGCUUUCAAGUGAAGCGCCCUGGUGAUGUGAAUGUAAAAUGCACUCUGCUUCUCAUGCUGGAUCAUCAGCCUCCUCAGUACAAGCUAGAUCCACGUCUGGCUCGCCUACUUGGUGUCCAUACCCAAACUCGUGCCAGCAUAAUGCAGGCCCUGUGGCUUUAUAUCAAAUAUAACAAACUUCAGGACUGUCAUGAGAAAGAAUAUAUCAAUUGCAACCGCUACUUUCGCCAGAUCUUCAAUUGCAGCCGUAUGAGAUUUUCUGAGAUUCCAAUGAAACUGGCAGGACUCUUACAACACCCAGAUCCCAUUGUUAUCAAUCACGUUAUCAGUGUGGACCCUAAUGAUCAAAAGAAAACAGCCUGUUAUGACAUUGAUGUGGAAGUAGAUGACCCCUUGAAAGCCCAAAUGAGCAACUUCUUGGCCUCCACCACUAACCAACAAGAAAUUGCUUCCCUGGAUAUCAAGAUUCAUGAAACAAUCGAAUCUAUUAAUCAAUUGAAGACACAACGAGAUUUUAUGCUGAGUUUUAGUAAUAAUCCUCAGGAUUUUAUUCAGGAGUGGAUCAGAUCUCAACAGAGGGAUUUGAAGAUUAUCACAGAUGUGGCUGGAAAUCCAGAAGAAGAGAGACGGGCUGAUUUCUAUCAGCAGCCAUGGAUGCAAGAAGCUGUUGGACGACACAUCUUUGCAAAGGUUCAGCAGCGCAGACAAGAACUGGAACAAGUGCUUGGUGUUCGCCUUACUUAGUGCUUGCCUUCUUUUGCAGUUCUUCCACACUUCCUGGUACUUUGGAAUGGACCAAUAGACAGACAGUCCUUGUCCUUUCCCCUUGGAAGGUGGGGAGGAUUCUGCUGCCAUUGCAUAGUAUGUAUUCAGUACUCUCCAUGGACUCAUAUAAGGCAUCCUUCAGCAGAGAAGGAAGCUCUUCUCCCUCCCCAGAACUUGCCCUUCAUGUGUGCUUUGCCUUUGGGGCACUGGGAAAUUUUAUUUCGAGUUGCUUCUACCUCUUAGCAGAGCUUUUAGUCUUGCAAUGCAGGAACCUUCUGCUCACUUUUAACCAAAGCUUGUGUCCAUUCCUGCCAGUUUUGCUGGCAUUUAAUCUUUGCACUAUAUCUUUUGUGUUUGGCUGGGGUAGAGUUUUGUUUCCUGUAGAAAGUUUAACGUUGGUGGUGGCCUUUAUUCCUCCCUAUGCAACUGAUAUU